GAGCCUUUAUAUGGCAAUUUAAUCCCCCCUUUGGGUCUUACACCAAUCGAAGAGAAGGAAAACCCAAACCCUUGGUUGAGGUAGAGAAAGAAAGAAAGAAAGAAAGGGAAGAUGUCGUACUUGUUGCCACACCUUCACUCAGGAUGGGCUGUGGAUCAAGCCAUUCUCGCUGAAGAAGAGCGCCUUGUCAUUAUUCGCUUCGGCCAUGACUGGGACGAAACUUGCAUGCAGAUGGAUGAGGUGCUGGCUUCAGUUGCAGAUACAUUAAAGAAUUUUGCUGUCAUAUACCUGGUGGACAUCACAGAGGUCCCUGAUUUUAACACGAUGUACGAGUUGUACGAUCCAUCCACUAUCAUGUUCUUCUUCAGGAACAAGCACAUCAUGAUUGAUCUUGGCACUGGAAACAAUAACAAGAUCAACUGGGCACUCAAAGAUAAACAAGAGUUCAUCGAUAUUGUUGAGACAGUGUACCGUGGUGCACGAAAGGGUCGUGGUCUGGUCAUUGCACCAAAAGAUUACUCUACCAAGUAUCGUUACUGAGUGUUUGUUGAUAUUGUAUUUUGGUUGUGGAAUAUGCUGCACUUUAUGACUGAACUGUUAUAUACAGUUGCUAAAACGAUUUCCCAUUAAGCUGACUCAGUUGCUGUCAAGCUCCAAAAGUGUAUAAUAACUUCCCAUUUGUUGCAAGUGGAAAGACCUCAACUCUUCUUAAAACUAUGUUAUGAUCAAUUAUAUGGACCUUUCUGUAAUUGUGGUUUCGGCUUCA